AUGGACAGCGACAUCCUCAUGUCGGAUGCCGGGGUCGAGCCAGUCGCCAAAGCGCGACACUUCGUGGUCGCCGUCGACUUUGGAACCACCUUUUCGUCCGUGGCGUACGUGGGCUACACCAACCCCAACCAGCGCCGCCGCAUCGAACUCCGACAGGUCGAGACGAUCGAUCGAUAUCCGGACCAUCCCUACGGCAACUUCCCUUGCAAUGAUGUGCCCACCGAGAUCUGGUACGCGCACAAGACCGAGCGGACUGGCCUGUCCACCAGAGACGACUCGGGCUACCAGAGCAGCAGCGCCGACGGCGAGGAGGACGACGAUACGCCGUUCGGCGACCUUUGUGUGCCCCAAACCCCAGAACCCGAGCUUCUCAAUAAUGGGGAGGACCCAGUCCUCUCAUCGCUCUGGGGCUACGGAGUCCAAGACCAGGUCAAGGAGGCAGACUAUGAGGCAGACCAUGCGAGGCGGUUGACGCGAUUCAAACUCCUUCUUGACAACAGCGAGCAUACCGCUAGCGUCAGAAGCGGUCUCUACGAGACAUGCAAGACACUCAAAACGAUGCAUCUCAUCAAGGACAAUGUCGAUGUGAUCGGCGACUAUCUGGCACACCUGUUCCGUCACACCAAAAAGAGACUGAUCGAUUCGGAGGGAUACACAGCCGACUCGACGGUCGAAUUUGUUCUCUGCGUCCCGGCCGUCUGGAACGGUAAUGCCAAUCGCCAGAUGCAGCUCGCCAUGGCCAGAGCAAUCAGCAAUUCCGGAUUCGGGCAGCUACAAAACGAGAGUGUCGAUAACUUGUUCAUCGUCACCGAGCCUGAAGCCGCCGCCGCGUGCGUGUUGGCGAGCGAGAAGACCCGCCUCAAGAUCGGCGAGACCUUCAUCCUACUGGACGCAGGCGGCGGCACGGUCGAUGCCAUCACGUACACCGUUGACAGAGACAUCCCUCUCCGGUUGAAGACGGAGGAAGUGGCCCCUAAAGGCGGCCUCUAUGGAUCGAGUUUUGUCAACGAGCGGUUCGAGAAGCUGCUCCGGGAGCGGCUGAACAGUGAAUCAUACCUGGAACAGAACGGUGAGACCCUGCAGAACAUCAUCGACAGACUGGUGGUCGAUUUCGAACGCCGGGAAAAAAAGAAGCUGGACGCCAUGUUCCCCAAUAAAAUUGUCGAUUGUACUAUCAAGGUGCCUGGACUCAGAGAGAGCAGGGAAAGGCGGUUUCUCAACGGCCGGAUGACUCUCCGACGAAAGGAGAUCAAGGACCUCUUCCGCCCUUCUUUGGAAGGGGUUGCCGAGAUUAUGAGAGACCAGCUGACCAAGGCGCGCAAGAAAGGGUGCCAAGUUAGUAAAGUCAUUCUCAUGGGUGGAUUCGGCCAGUCGGAAGCGCUGGCCUCGUACCUGAAAGGGGUAUUGGCCACCGAGUACAGUGCCGAGGGCCAAAAGGUGAUCCUCGACUCGUCCAAGCUCCAGUCUACGGCAGUGGCAUGUGGUGCCGUGCUCCGAGCACUGCGCAAGGAGGACGGACCUGCACGCGUGUUGCAAUUAAGCUACGGCUUCCUGCGCAGCGAGCCUUACGGCGACCACAAGGAGCAUUCUAAGCAGAAGGCCAAGCUGGACAAGAUCGAUGGGGUCCGAUACGUCGAUAACACCAUCUGCUGGAUCAUCAACAAGGGUGACGUGCUGGAUUCGGAAUAUGUGGUGGAGCUGUCAGUGGUGUACACCUUUGCCGACGACGGGAGUAAAUGGGCAGCCUGUGAGACACUGUACGUGUCGGACGGCCGCCACGAGUCUCACUAUCGCCGAGAGCAUGCCGAGAACCAAGGUGCCCAAGUGGCCGGCUUCGUCGACAUCGACCUGACGCCUCUGAAGGAAUCAGGACAGAUCAAGCGCCAGCCUCACCCCAAGUCCGGAAUGUGCCCUUACUGGAAGAUCACGGGCACGCUCCGAGUCUUUGUCAGUGGCCGGAACCUACGCUACGUGGUCAUUCCUGACGGUGGCAACGGCAAUACCAGUCGCGUGGGUGGCGAGUGCAUCGCAGCCGCGUUUCGACCGGGGACGGAAUAG